GUAGACAGGUGUAAAAUUUAAGAUUGAUCUUUUAUGUCUCCUGCAACCAUUCCAUCUCACUUUUCUCGAUGCAGAGACGAGCGAUGAUCCCCUAAUCAAAGUUCUACAUAUUAUAUUGCCUUUCCCUCUCUUUCUCUCUCCAUGUGACCGCCCUGAUGACAGAUGCACAGUUCUUCUUCAUAUAACUAUCCAACAUCUCGGAUGAUUUCAUACUCAUCGACUGUUCUUUUAUUGUUUGGGUUGAGUUCAAUCAUAACAAGAUACAUGUCUACUUGUAGUCCCCCAAUAAACCUCUCGGGACUGUACAUUUCCCUUCCCUUCCUAUAUCACAAAGAACCUCGGGAUCCCCCAUGUAUGCCCUGCCUGGCCCAAGUCCAUCUCCAGCCCAACUCAUGCCGGCCCAGAUGUUCCAUAAACCCCUCUAUAAAACGGUUGCAAAUAGUUCCUAAAGGGAUCGCGUGUAGAUCACUGUAUCCCACUUCCUUCCACACCCUCUCUUAAGCUGAACUGGGCAUCACCAGGCAAUAUCAUCCGCCGCAUGACAACCCUGACUGUUCCGAUCAAGUGAUUUCGACCAGGUCAUCGCGAACAAUACGCGCAGAUCUAAAAAGAUAUUUCUCUCUCUCUCUCUCUUUCUUUUG